AUGGAAAGAAGUUUUCCAUGGAUAGUGUGGAGGAUAUGGAAGAAUAGGAAUCUGCAAAUCUUUGAAGGUAAAGGUUUUUCUCCUAUUGAGUCAGUGGAGAAGAUUUAUGAGUAUUGUGCGCAACGAACAGAUUCCAACGAAGAGCCAAGAGAAGAGAGUACACAAACAACUACUGCCCGAAGGUCUGUCCUUCAGAACUUUCAUGAUGGGAGUGCAUGGGUACUAAGUGAUGAGAGGGGAGAAGUGCUUAUCCAUAGCCGUAGAGCUUUCAAAGGGAUAAAUUUGAAGAAUAAGACGAGUUUUGUUGGGCUUAUCUGGGCAAUGGAAAGCAUGUUGCAACAUCGUGUCAAUAAGGUCAUCUUUGCUUUCGAAGACAACACGGUGAUAGCUUAUAUGCAAAGACCUCAAGUUUGGCCAUCCUUUAAAUGGGAAAUCGAAGAACUGGGUAAGUUGCUAGAAGGCUUUUUGGAAUGGAAUCUUGUCUUAGAGGAAUCAUCAGCAAAUAGAGAAGCUACUCUUAUUGCUCAAAGUGUCACUAGGGAUAAUCGUAUCAACUCCUAUGUGGCGGAAAGCUCUCCUUCGUGGCUGAGGGAGCUCUUUGAGAAUGAGAGAGUCCCAUCCUCUCUUUUGAGCUGAUAUGUGAAGUUUAGACUUCCUUUGUUUUAAAAGGCUGGGGAACUUUUUUGGUAAAUGUCAUGUUAACACAAAUGACUUAGUAUAGAACUCAUGGGACAGUCUGUUUUUAAGAUUUGCCUCCCCUAAUCGGGAUCUUGU